UAAAAACGCGCACAUCGGCCUGUGUGCGUAAAAGUCCUCUGCGCCUGCACCUGCAUGAUCUGUGGAGCCAGCCUGCAGGAUGAUCUUCAAGAACCUGAGGGAGUACCUGGCCUGGCUGUACUACCAGUACCUGCUCAUCACUGGAAUCUACGUCCUAGAGCCCUGGGAAAAGUCAAUUUUCAAUUCCAUCCUCUUCUCCGCCAUCGCCAUGGUCAUCUACACCUCGUAUGUCUUUGUGCCCAUCCACAUGCGCCUGGCACUGGAGUUCUUCUCCGGGAUCUUCGAAGGCCAGACCGAGAGCACCAUGACACUCAUGAACUAA